AUGGUCGAGUUGGCCGAGAAUCAGGUCACCUUCCUUGAGUUUUCAACGUCGGAUCGUAAAGAGACACUAACAAUCCAGCACGGCUUGAAAGCAUGGUACAAGCGUUUGCGGCAGCGCGGGCUCAAAGCAAAAUCACUUGAAGCGCAUCAGUUUGAAUCUGCAGAAUCCAUUGGCUCAAAGCUCCUUAUCAUUCCGAAUCCGAAUAGAAAGUUCUCUUCAAACCAGUUCGAGCAGCUAAAGAAAUUUUACGACAACGGUGGUUCUUUGCUGAUUUUACUAAGCGAAAAUGGCGAAAAAGGGUCAGGAAGCAACAUCAACUUCUUUCUGGAAGAAUUCGGCAUCUCCGUCAACAAUGAUUGUGUGAUCCGAACUUCCUUCGUUCAGCCUUACUACCACCCUAAGGAGGUCUUUAUCCAGCAACAGGGGGUCGUGCACGAUGAUUUCUGUCAAAUAAAGAAUGGAUUUGUCUAUCCAUACGGGGCCUCGCUCAACGUCAUCUCUCCUGCUGUUCCUCUCAUGACGACAUCGCCAAUCGCAUUUCCAGUGAAUAGGCCCAUCGCCGCUUUUUGCUCACAGAAAGGGAGAGGCAAAUUGGCCGUCGUCGGGUCAGCGAAAAUGUUCUCCGACAAAUGGCUUAACAGAGAAGAUAAUGGACAAGUUGCCGACGCACUUAUUUCUUGUUUACAAUCAAAUCGCUUUGUGUCAAAAAUGGAAAACUUCGAUAUCGAAUUCCCCGAAUACGUAAUCCUUCCCGAUACGAUUGCCCUUGCCGAUCGCCUCAAAUCCUCAUUACAGGCGGAGGGUGAUGUAUCGAACUCCGAGAUGCAACAAAUGUUCUUCGACGCGCCGCUCUUCGGGCUCAACAAUGCGGCCUUUCCUGAGGUGCACGCCACGUUCGAGAAAUUGGACGUGCCCGCCGAUCAGCUCUCCCUUAUUAAGCCGAAUUUCGAGACACCACUGCCGCAACUUGUCCCUGCAACCAUUCCCCCGAGGUUUUGCGAGCCAGAGGGACCACAGUUUGAGCUUUUCGAUCUUGACGAGUCGCUGAGCUCAGAGAGAGUUCGACUCGCCCAAAUAACGAAUAGAUGCAAUCCAGAAGAGACACAGGACUUGGAGUACAUGCUCACAUCUGCUGGCGAAGCACUUGGAAUCACAAAAGACCUGCCAGAGGAGGAAAACAAUCCCGUCGGCAUUUUGAACCACAUCUUUCAACGAAUUUCACUCUACAAAAUGCCCCAAUAG